UCAUUUCCGGGCGGCCCGGCCUCGGUCUGCGGGUUGGAGGAGCGCGGCGGCGGCGGCUCUCAGCUCUCAGCUCUGCGGGAUUUAGAGACACUUCUCCGCCAAAAUGUACUACAGAAUCAGCGGAGUGACAGGGAGGCUAACGGGGGCUACACCGGCGGGCGCAUACUGCCCUCAGGGACUGAAGCCCACAUUGCCCUCAGAACCGGCCCCCAUGAUCUUCGCCUCUCCCACCAAGGUUGUGUCAGAAGCAGGCGCUGUAACAGAGUAUAUGGGAUCUAACAAGGUCCCUGAACUUCAGAAGAUCUUCCAGAAAGCUGACGGAGUGCCCAUUCACCUGAAGCGUGGAGUCAUGGACCGACUACUGUACAGGACUACAAUGGGCCUGACAAUUGGAGGAACCCUCUACUGCCUAGUGGCCUUGUACAUUGCUGCCCAGCCCAGAAAACCUCAGUGACUUCAAUCCUCAUCCCCUGUGGAUUUGACAGAUUGUAAUUAUAACAGGUGGGAGCAAGAAAGUGGACUCUUAAGACUCUAUUUCCAAAGGCAGUUGCAUGUUGUUGCCAUGUUCUUUCACUUCCAUUUAACCUUAUUUAUAACCAGAGGUCUGGUGCUGCCAGCUGUAUCUCAAGAAGUCUUGCAAUUACAUCUUUUCAACAUGAAAUAAGAGGUGAAAAAAAUAAACAGCCAUCAGGGGUUUAGACUGGGUUUACUGGGGUACGUGCUAUGACUAAAAUUGUGCUGGGGUCUUUAAGGACCUUUUAAGAUGAGCAAACCUCCAGCUGGUGAAACAGAGGCGUGUGGGCACAGAUGAUUGCUUUGACACUUUUUGAUGACAAAGUAAAAAUAUUGUGGGGGGAAAAAGAAAAUUCACAGGAACUGUGGAAGCAGUUGGCACCUUCAACAGGUUUUGAUACUUGGCCAGGAUUUUUUCAUUGUUCGGACAGCUGGACAGCACGCUGCUUCAGUUUGGUCGUGCUUGUAAUCCUGCCGAUGUCCAGAGCAAACUGACACUGCAGGUGUUUCAGACAUGGCCAUGAAUCUGUCAGCACAUGUGUGACUGUAAAUGAUGUUCUUGUAAUUUUUCUUGAAAAUAAAUAUAUUUUGUUUGCAAAAAGCAAGGAAAA